UUCCCCCUCCCUCUCUCCCUUCCUUCCCCUCUCUCCCAGACUCCAAGCGCUGCUGCAGCUGCAGGUUUGUAAAUACUGGACCAACACACACACAACAUGGCUGACGCUCGCCCUGCUCUUCCACCAGGCUGCUCUCUUCUGGCUCUCUCCGUUUCUUAAUGUUUCAUCCGUCCGUGCUUUUCUGUCUCUCCCCCCAUCCCUAAUCUCCUUCCCCACCCCCUCCGCCCCCCCAAAAGGAGGAAAAGCAGUUCACCCUCCUUCUUGCGCGCAUGGCGGGAUUUCAAGGUGUCAAGAGGAAAGAAGGCUUCAAAAUCACUGUCUCAGAACCAUAACAGUGAAAAUCAUCUGAUGCUGCCUUUUGAGCGACGUAAUUGAAAAUACUUCAACUAAUCUUCGGGCAUGCAAAUUCUCAUUUGAAUGGUGGAUUAACUGGUAGUAAUUUAUCAUUUUAAGAAUAAGACGACAUUUUAAGAGUGGCAAAGAACUGGAUUUUCACCCUAGUCCAGCAGCUUUGCUGCUCACUUAAACACAGAUGAAUGAAGACCCCAUUCGGAAAAACACCAGGUCAGCGAUCCAGAGCUGAUGCAGGGCAUGCAGGAGUAUCUGCCAGCAUGAUGAAGAAGAGAACCUCUCACAAAAAGCAUCGAAACAACGUGGGACCUAGUAAACCCAUUUCUCAGCCCCGAAGAAAUAUUGUAGGGUGCAGAAUACAGCAUGGAUGGAAAGAAGGGAGUGGACCUGUAACACAAUGGAAAGGGACAGUUCUUGAUCAGGUUCCAGUAAAUCCUUCUCUCUACCUUAUUAAAUAUGAUGGAUUUGAUUGUGUCUAUGGACUAGAACUGCACAAAGAUGAGAGAGUAUCAGCGCUUGAAGUCCUUCCAGACAGAGUUGCUUCAUCUCGAAUCAGUGAUGCCCACCUUGCAGAUACAAUGAUUGGCAAAGCUGUGGAACAUAUGUUUGAAACAGAAGAUGGCUCAAAAGAUGAGUGGAGGGGGAUGGUGUUGGCUCGAGCUCCUAUAAUGAACACAUGGUUUUAUAUUACCUAUGAGAAGGAUCCUGUCUUGUACAUGUAUCAGCUCUUAGAUGACUAUAAAGAAGGUGAUCUCCGCAUUAUGCCUGAUUCCAAUGAUUCUCCUCCAGCAGAACGGGAACCAGGUGAAGUUGUGGACAGCCUGGUAGGCAAACAAGUGGAAUAUGCCAAAGAAGAUGGCUCUAAAAGGACUGGCAUGGUCAUUCACCAAGUUGAAGCCAAACCUUCUGUCUAUUUCAUCAAGUUUGAUGACGAUUUCCAUAUUUAUGUCUACGAUUUGGUGAAAACAUCCUAGACAUCAUUGUGAACUUUUGCCAAACUUGUGGAACUAUUAAAUGUAAAAUUUGUAGACACAAAGACUUGAUGCUUUCCAGUUUAAUGAAAGCUUAAAUGUCCCUGCGAACCCACAAUCUCUGCCAGCAAAACUGUUUUGUUCUGAAUAAUACAAACAAUGUGUGUGAACAUGACACAUUUUGUGUAAGAGAACUCCUUUUCUUGAAGGAAGUCUCUAUAUUUUUGGGGAGAGGGAGUUAAAGUAAACAGCUGCAAAUUCAAGCUGUGUAAAGUUAAUCUAGUAUUGUAAUCAUUAAUCUAAAUUUUUUUUCAUAGACUAACUUUCUUCAACCUCACACUCACCUGUUCAACUGCCACAUGCAAGUGUAGUUUGAUAUUUCAAUAUUGCCUUCUUAUGUAACAUUAAAUUUAAUUUCUUGGCUACUGGCAGUCCUUGUUUUCAGGGUUGGGGCUGAGAUUACAAAAUAAAUUAAAUUGUUGGUUUGUGCAGUGUUAAGGAGUGCCUAACCCAAGUAAAAUCAAUCUACUGUGUUUCUACACCUUAUUUCAAAGUAACUUGUUAAGAAAUAGCAGUACAUGGGGAUAUUUGUGCCUCUUAGUAGACACAAGACAGUACAACAUCGAGUGUUUGACUUGCACCUUUCAGUGAAAAGGCUUUAAACUAUAAAAGGUUUAAUCAAUAAACUAUUGAUUAGAAAAUGCAGAUUAGUGGCCCACAUUUACAAGUUGUAGGAACCAGUAAAUCUACACACAAGACUGCCUUCAAUUCUAAAUGUUGCAUUUUUGUUAUACACACUUCUUAACAAACCCAAGUGCUUGGUGCCACAACAGUCAUAAUAUAUGUUACUUCAGAAAGAUCUUUAGACUACACAUUGGCAAUCAGUAGUCUCUCAUUUGGUAUCAAAACUAGCGACCUGGAUGCUUGUGUGGACUUAAAAGCCUAAUAGUAGUUUAUCUGUUACAUGUAAAGACAAAAACCUCAUGAAAGAACAGUCUUCUUACAUUAAAGACUUACUUGGAGAAGGAGAAGCAUUUGUUGCCUUCUGCUCAGUCUGCUGCAUUCCUUUCCCUCCUCCACCCCUCCCCUAAAGAAAGCAUCUUUCUUGGCUCUUCUUUCUGGCUUUUCUACGAGUGUCCGGACAAAUCAUCUACAGCUUAAACCUGUUGUCGCCUUUUGUGGUGUACGUUGUACUUGCUUUGAGGUAUGCUGUUAUGUGAAUUUCAUUCAAUGAACACUAGAAUUCUGCAUGCCAGUGGUGUACUAACUAAUGAAAGCUAGGCAGCCUCAGUGGUUCGGUCAUCUGCAUUAGAUUGUGGAUGUAAAUAGCAGCCCACAGCAGCAGAAUCCUUUCACAGUUUUAAUCUUGCAAGAUAGUUGUAAACCAAGAAUUUCUAAAAUGUGGCAGUUUUUAAAAGUCCUCAGAAUUGCAAAAACGGUCAGUUCAGCAGCGAAGUUUUCACGUCACAUUAAGGCAGAGCUUUGCAAGUUUGAAAGCAGUGCUUCACAGAAGGCUAGAAUGUGACGCCAUUGUUCACUGUUCAGAGAAAGAAUACCCAGAUACCCAACCUUACGCUGUUAGAAGGCUAGAAAAAGAGGUGCUGUUAAUCUGAUCUGAGGGCCAGAUAACCUCUAGUAUGGGUGUUACUGAUAUUGGAGGUUCAGUGAUUUAAGCCCUUUUCUAUCCAUUUUUGCCUGAUUUCAUAUUUUAGCCUUAAGGCUUGUGCCUCAUUAUGCUGUUGAAUGGUAACAAAUACUCAUCAUAUAAAUACAGUACCUUAAUUCUUUGUCCAUUGCUACUAUUGCAUUAUGUCCAGUAUUUCAUCAUGGGCAACCAAAGGCAGGCUAUUGUCUUUCAGUGAAUAGCUUCUCAAUGCAGUCCUUAAGUACUAAGUACCUGAAUCAUAAAUGUUCCUUGUGUUUUUGAACAAAGUGAGCAGAUUUGCAACACAGUGUUUUCAUCCUGCAGAUCUGUUAUGUGUUUUCUAUUGACUCUUAAGAGUCCUGCAUGUAAAUCUCAAAGCUGAGCCUGGCUCCAUGAGCCCAAGUUGAUAUUUGUGGCACAAGAAUGAGUGAGUGUAUUGACUAUACACAGGAUACGUGCAUAACGUAGUACAGUGAAUUUUGGGCUAUACAUCUGAGGAAAACAAAGUUUGUUUUGAAAUAUUUGAGGUUUAGGUCUACUGAAACAUUUUUAGCAUUAAAGGCUUGCAUUUGUGGGUUUUCUGCAAGCCAAUUUAAUAUACCACAUAAUCUGCCAAUUAGUGGAGUAUAAUCUGUAAACUUUUAUGACUUUUUAAGUGUCCCCUAUUGUCUGUUUGGUUUGUUAUUUUUCGUUUUUGUUUCUGGUUUUUUGGUUAGCUUAAACCACCUUUUUUGAGGCUUGAGACUAAUUCCACUCCCUGCCCUUCUGCUUUGGGCUUUGUUUUAGGCUCAUGUUUCAGAUCUGCAUGCAGUGCUUGCGUUACCCUGGUAACUAAAUGUUGGUUCCUUGUUCUAGGGGUUCAACAUUACUUUCCAAAAUUAUCAUGGGGCUUGUGACAGCACAAGCCAGGAUCUGUGUAUAAAAGUUAUUGGCCUUUCUCAUUUACCUGCUGUAGUAUUGUUGUAUAUUGUGUGCGUGUGUGUGUGUGUAUGAUGUCAGGCUGCCAUGUAAAAUUUUAAAAAGGAAAAAAAAAUCUUAAAUGCAGACCAUCCUUUUUUGCAUGCUUAGAAGGUAGAACGUUCAAUGUAACAAACUAAAGUUGCAUGUUAAAAUGUUUAGGUUUUUUGUUUUUGUUUGUUUUAUUUUGUGUUCAGUUUUUGUGAAUUUGCUUAUUGUGCUGUUUUAAUGGUUGUUAGUAGGACUAAAUGCACCGGUGAGGCGAGCAUAGUGCCAACGGAAGGUAAUUUUCCGGUUGUAUCUGUCACAGCAUUUGAAGGGACCAUGUAUUCUGUUCACUAGUAAAUAAAAUCACUGAUAAAUCUAAAAACACUACACACCUUUUUUUUUCCUUUCUUUUGAGUGCCAAACCCUAAAUUAAGUCAGAGGUAGACUACAGAAAGGGAAAAUCCCCUUUAAACUUCAUAAAUUGCAAUACAUAAAAGCCUUUUAAAAUUGAUUCAUUUUAAAACUGAAGGUUUCUCUGAGUACAGCAGCAAUUACAAUCAAUUCAGGGAAGAAGAAUUAUAGCUAAAACAGUUUCUGGUUCCUUUAAAAUGCUGUGCUUUUUGUAUUUUACAUCAUUAGUGCAAUUUGGAUGGUUCUUGGUAUGUGUAUAGUUCAAAGGUCUUCGUGUUCACAUUUUAAAAUUGGGUAAUGACUUCAUCUUUAGAGCUUGGUUUCAUUAUUUUUAUUUUAUUUUGAACAAUGUAGACAGUUCCCUGUUCUCUGCAUUUAGAAGUAUAAACACUUUAAAUCUGUUACUUAAUUCUGUAAGUAAUUUUUAUAAUUAUGAUGUAACUCUAUCCUUAAAACAUUUAAAAUAAACCCUUUAUGUGCAA